UUGAAAUGAAAGUAAAACAGUCCAGAUUCUUGGUUAAAAGCAAAAAACGGGCAGUUAUCAUUCAUUUUACGUAAAUAUUUCAAGCCAAGUUAUACUAUUUUAUCCAUUGAUUUGUUUUUUCCCGUUUUAAAGUGCAUGCAUGUCGCUAUUUUAUAUAAUAAUUACCUUGACUCCUCGACCAGAUCAGUCCUGAGACACCCCUGCCUGCUUGUAUGCAAAACCUCCGUCCUAUUUCCACCUAAAUCCAGCGUUAGAACGCAGCGUGUGUUUGAGUUUAUCACAGUGAAAGCCAACUCAACGUUCUGCUUGGGUCGGCCCCCUACGGGAAGGCGUGUUGCAAUGUCUGUGGGAGCUGUCUUGUCAACUGAUGGUGGAGUCUAUGAGUGAAUUCCAUGGUUCACAAAUUUUCCUUUGUUUUCAUUGUUUCUCUACUCUUCUCUUGAAAUGUCAGUUACUUCAUUUGUCAUCUGUUCUUUAACUUCUUUGGAUGGUAGCAUUUGGUUGCAUCUAGAAAUCUUUUGGUCAACUUGAUCUUGUCAGACUGGUUGGAUCUCAUUGUUUUCAUUGUAUCAAAAAGUUGUGUGCACGAUAAAGAAACAGGACCUUCAAUUGACCAAAGAUUUCUUCUCAGCUUGGAGCCACUUUAGUUUUCAAAGAACAGUAUAUUUUUUGUAAACGCAAAGGGCAUAGAAAACAAGGACCUUCUAGGCAUGCACCUGUGAGCAAGAAGUCUGUGAAGAUGAGGAUGCAGCAACCGCAGAAUCCCACUGGACUGCGCGACGUCGCCAGCGAGGGCAAGCACAUGAGGCCGCACACCAGCUUGAACACGCACAACACCGACGCGCCGUCCAACGUGCCGUCCAUGUCUGCGGGUAAACCAGGCGCAAAACAGUGGCGGGCGUGGCACUGUUUGAACAGACAAGAAGGGGAACCAGUCGGGCAACUGACUGCCUCGCGAGAAAAGCGUGUCAGGACAAACAAGGGUUCUGCUGGCCGUCGUGCAGGAGGACCCAGAAGUGAACGGAGGGGCGACCCGGAAGGUUUCGAGUCCACUCGACUGCAAAACGACACGAAAAAGAAGAAGACGGACGAGCCUGCCUCGGGUUCUGGACGUGGUUCCGGCAGAAUGGCUGAACCUCGCUUUAACAGUCCUUAUUUUUGGCCCCCACCACCUACCAUGGCUGUCACUCAGGAGCAGCUGAUGGCCGAGAAGAUCAGGGCAUCUCACCCGCCACCCGUCACGCCUCCUUCCCAGCAGCCUCUGCUGUCUCCGGACGCCGGUCAGCACGUAACGUCCAAAGCUGCGCAGCAGCCGGACGUUGUCUUGCAUGCUAGCCCUGCGCGACCUACAUCCAGCUCGCUCACAGGUCGCAUUCUGGGUGACGUCAACCUAAAUCUGGACGACAAAGCGGCUAUCAAAGCCCGGGGAUUGUGGGAGGACUGGCGUCAGCUGAUUGAGCACCCAGCUCGGGCCAACCACCUCUCAGGUGUUUCGCUGGCGUCCAGAACGGGAAACCUCAACAACUCCGAGGUGACGUCCCCGGCCACCCCGCCCUCGGGUGGCUCCACCCCCCACCUGCUGUGCAGCUUCACCAACCCACACGGGAUGGAGCCCGGAAGACACAACGGCGGUCUGGUGGGUCUACUCGGGGUGUCCAAACCUCCGAAGGAAGGGCGUAGGAAAAUCAAAGCGGAGAACGGCUCCUCGCUUCUGGUUGUGCCGUACCCUAUCCUGGCGUCCGGCAACGAUCAGUCUUCCAUCAGCAUCGCCGCCAAAGAAAAAACGUACAGGUGUAAAGUGUGCCCGCUGACCUUCUUCUCAAAGUCGGACAUGCAGAUCCACUCCAAGACGCACACGGAGGCCAAAGCGUACAAGUGCCCUCACUGCACCAAGACCUUCGCCAACGCCCCGUAUCUUGCGCAACACCUGCGCAUACACCUGGGCCUGAAGCCGUAUCGCUGCGCUUACUGCGAGAAGUGCUUUCGCCAGCUCUCACACCUGCAGCAGCACACUAGAAUCCAUACGGGCGAUCGUCCAUAUAAAUGUUUCCAACCCGGAUGUGAGAAGGCCUUCACGCAGCUGUCCAAUCUGCAGUCCCACCAGAGGCACCACAACAAAGACAAGGCAUUCAAGUGUUCCAACUGCUUCCGGGCGUACUCGGACGCUGCGUCGCUGCAGAUGCACCUGUCGGCCCACGCCAUCAAGACUGCUCGGGCCUUUUGCUGCGGCACGUGCGACAGAGCAUACACGUCGGAGACCUACCUCAUGAAGCACACGUGCAAGCACGCGGGGCCUCGGAGGAGCGAAGCCCCCCACCUCCACCCCCGCACGGACAUCUCUGACCUGAGCGCCGCUGCCAUUUUGUCCCGACAUCACCUCUCCCUCUCCGUUUAGAAUGCCACAAGACUGAUGGACUCGGGUACGGAUCCCCCCCCUAAAAAAAAAAGUGCCAGAGUGUACUAAUAUCUUUUGAGGAGGUACUACUUUCCUCUGUAUUAAUUAUAAAUAUAUAUAUAUAUAUACACAUCUGGAUUACGUCUAAUGAGCACUUUGAGGCCUGGAGAAGGCAGACUUAUAACAUUUAUCGUGAUGUCACAGAUUGUUCUUUUUUAUACGCUCCCUAACUUUUUUAAUGCUCGUUAAGCUAUCUUCUAUAUAUAGUACGUAUCUUACGUUUAUGUAAAUAUUAUGUGCCCAGUUUUUGUAUCGUCCAUAUUUAUUCUUUUGGCCACAUUCCCUCUUGAGAUUGUUUUGAUAAUGAAAAAAAAAAAAAAAAAGAGUUCAACUCAAAGGCUAAUUCAUUAGGGACACCCGCACAAUUUCUUAAAUGCGAUUUGAGUUGUGGUUUAAAAAAGAAAGAAAAAAGAAAAAAUGUCUUUAAAAAGGCGAUAAAGAAAUUUUAACAAUCUGUUUAUUAUUGUAGUAGCCUUGCAUUUCCUAACACCCAAAAAAAAACAUAAGAUUGACUGUCAACCUCUUUUUUAAAAAAUAAAACAAUAAUCAGAACUUUACAAGAGUCCAGAAUUAUUUUUUUUGUUACUAUCACAAUAAUUUGCCAUUUAACUCAUGUCAACUCAGUAAUCCAUGUGCUUUGUUGACAUGUCUUCAGCAAACUAUUUGCGGGCUUUCUUGUGUACCGUCUUCAGAAGACGCUUCCCCCUGGGGGGACAUACAUGCACACCAAUUUAAUGUAGAGAGCGGCGUAUGGUCUGAGCACUAACAGGCUGACACCCCCCACCUCUUCAAUCUCUGCAGCAAUGCUGACAGCACUCCUGCGACGGUCUUUCAAAGAAAGCAUUUGGAUGUGACGCUCAGCACGUGCGCUCAGCUUCUUAGGACGACCAACCCGAGGCCUGUUCUGAGUGGACCCUGCUCUUUUAAAAUGCUGGAUGAUCUUAGCCACUGUGCUGCAGCUUAGUUUCAGGGUGUUGGCAAUCUUCCUGUAGCCUUGGCCAUCUUCAUGUAGCGCAACAAUACGUCUUUUAAGAUCCUCAGUUCUUUGCCAUGUGGAGCCAUGUUGGAACUUUCAGUGACCAGUUUGAGAGAGUGUGAGAGCUGCACUACAAAUUUGAACACACCUGCUCCCUAUGCACACCUGGACCUAGUAAUGCUAAUGAGUCACAUGACAUUUUGGAGGGAAAAUGACAAGCAGUACUCAAUUUGGACAUUUAGGGAUGUAGUUUCUAAGGGGUGUACUCACUUUUGUUGCCAGGGGUUUAGAUAUUAACGGCUAUAUUUUUAGUUAUUUUGAGGGGAAAAUAAAAUAACUAUUAUAAAAGCUGCACACAGACUAUAUACCCUACCCACCGACGUCACAAAACCACGUGCUCGCUGUGUGGUUCCGCCCACUUGUCCGUCAUUUUGUCUCUGUAUUAGCAUUGUUUUCAAUUGAUCGAGGAAUUUAAAAUGCAUUUCAUGGAAGACCCGGUGCUUUCUGAUGCUGUAAACUCACUGGAUGUGUUGCAUAAAAGGCGUUAUGUGGAAAAGCUUCGUUCUAUACAGUCGCCAGAUCCAUAUUUGAUGCCCAAAUCGAUGUUUUUCGACCCACUGUCUUCGCCCUGUCUGCCUGACAUCUGCUACGCUGAUAUUUACAAUUAUCUUGUCCACACAAAAUCAGCCUAUUCCCACGAAAAUUUGAAAAACUUCAAGAGCUUGGAGGCUUAUAAAUACUUCGUUGCUGGUUGGGUGAAACAGGUCCUCGUUCGGCAGGAAUCUAUCUUGUGCUUGGAAAGGUGAGUUACGAAAUUUUCAAUUCAAAAUCUUUUGUUAUUGCUAACAUCCACUGUCAAGUCUAAUGUAUUUCAUGUCGUUUGUCAAUGGAGUCAAAGCUUUUAAUGUUUAUAUGGUUUAGCGAUAGCACUCUCACUACAUACAUACGUGUAUGUUGUCGGCGAUUAGCCUAGCAAUGAUCUUAAUUGUGGUUAUUUGUCAGCCCCGUAGACGAGGCCAGUUUCUUUCACUUGGUACCAGCUAAAUAUUAUUAAAAAAAUAACGAUGGUGGAAGAAAGGGAAG